CUCUGCGCCUCGCCGCUAGCCCUGCGAGCUACCAGGUCUCCAAACUCCCUGGCCGUGGCGGUCGAGUCAGCAUUCGGUGCCGGAACCCGUCAGGCCGCGACCCGGCAAGGAGCUCGCACUGGUGGUGCGGAAAACCCCCAGGAACUCGGCGGCUUCGCCCCGCGGCCCCGGCUGAUCCCUUUGCAAACAUGGAGCUGCCUGCUUCCCCGCCCACCCCAAGGCGGCGGCGGCGACUGCUGCUCUCUUCCCCUCCCCCGACCGUGCCGCCGCCGGGCUCCCCCUUCCCGCGAGGUGCCGCUGCGGACCGCUCGGUUUUGUAGUGCAUCCCUGAGCAUGAGCACAGAAUGAAGCGGCGUUUGGAUGACCAGGAGUCACCGGUGUAUGCAGCCCAGCAGCGUCGGAUCCCUGGCAGCACAGAGGCUUUUCCUCACCAGCACCGGGUGCUUGCCCCUGCCCCUCCUGUGUAUGAAGCAGUGUCUGAGACCAUGCAGUCAGCCACGGGAAUUCAGUACUCUGUAACACCCAGCUACCAGGUUUCAGCCAUGCCACAGAGCUCCGGCAGUCAUGGGCCCGCCAUAGCAGCAGUUCAUAGCAGCCAUCAUCACCCAACAGCAGUGCAGCCCCACGGAGGCCAGGUGGUCCAGAGUCAUGCUCAUCCAGCCCCACCAGUUGCACCAGUGCAGGGACAGCAGCAAUUUCAGAGGCUGAAGGUGGAGGAUGCGCUAUCUUAUCUUGACCAGGUGAAGCUGCAAUUUGGUAGUCAGCCUCAGGUCUACAAUGAUUUCCUUGACAUCAUGAAGGAAUUUAAAUCUCAGAGCAUCGACACCCCAGGAGUGAUUAGUCGUGUGUCCCAGCUAUUCAAAGGCCACCCCGAUCUGAUAAUGGGAUUCAACACCUUCUUGCCCCCUGGCUACAAAAUUGAGGUGCAAACCAAUGACAUGGUGAAUGUGACAACUCCUGGCCAGGUUCAUCAGAUUCCCACCCAUGGCAUCCAGCCACAGCCUCAACCACCACCCCAACAUCCUUCCCAGCCUUCAGCCCAGUCAGCCCCAGCUCCUGCCCAGCCAGCUCCUCAGCCCCCACCUGCCAAAGUCAGCAAGCCCUCCCAACUACAAGCACAUACUCCGGCCAGUCAGCAGACUCCCCCACUUCCACCGUAUGCAUCCCCACGUUCUCCGCCGGUCCAGCCUCACACACCAGUGACAAUCUCGUUGGGAACGGCCCCAUCCUUGCAGAACAAUCAACCUGUGGAGUUUAAUCAUGCCAUCAACUAUGUUAAUAAGAUCAAGAACAGAUUUCAGGGCCAACCAGACAUCUACAAAGCAUUCCUGGAGAUUUUGCACACGUAUCAGAAAGAGCAGAGAAAUGCCAAGGAAGCUGGAGGAAACUACACUCCAGCAUUGACAGAGCAGGAGGUGUAUGCCCAGGUUGCUCGUCUCUUUAAAAACCAGGAAGAUUUGUUGUCAGAGUUUGGACAAUUCCUACCAGAUGCCAACAGCUCCGUGCUUUUAAGCAAAACAACUGCUGAGAAGGUUGAUUCUGUGAGAAAUGAUCAUGGAGGCACUGUCAAGAAGCCCCAACUGAACAACAAGCCGCAGAGGCCCAGCCAGAAUGGCUGCCAGAUCCGCAGACAUCCUACAGGAACCACCCCUCCAGUUAAGAAGAAACCCAAACUGCUCAAUCUGAAGGAUUCUUCUAUGGCAGAUGCCAGCAAACAUGGUGGUGGAACAGAAUCGUUAUUUUUUGAUAAGGUCCGAAAGGCUCUUCGGAGUGCAGAAGCCUACGAAAAUUUCCUACGCUGUCUUGUUAUUUUUAACCAGGAGGUGAUCUCUCGUGCUGAGCUUGUGCAACUAGUCUCUCCUUUCCUGGGGAAAUUCCCUGAGUUGUUUAAUUGGUUUAAAAACUUUCUGGGCUAUAAGGAGUCUGUACAUCUGGAAACUUAUCCAAAGGAGCGAGCCACAGAGGGCAUUGCUAUGGAGAUAGAUUAUGCUUCUUGUAAACGAUUGGGCUCCAGCUAUCGAGCCUUACCAAAGAGUUACCAGCAGCCCAAGUGUACAGGACGGACUCCUCUCUGUAAAGAGGUUUUAAAUGAUACCUGGGUUUCCUUCCCUUCGUGGUCUGAGGACUCUACCUUUGUGAGUUCCAAGAAGACUCAAUAUGAAGAACAUAUUUAUCGUUGUGAAGACGAACGCUUUGAGCUUGAUGUAGUUUUAGAGACCAAUCUGGCAACAAUCCGGGUUCUGGAAGCAAUACAGAAGAAGCUUUCCCGCUUAUCUGCUGAAGAACAAGCCAAAUUUCGCUUGGACAACACCCUUGGGGGCACAUCAGAAGUCAUCCAUAGAAAAGCACUCCAGAGGAUAUAUGCUGAUAAAGCAGCUGACAUCAUUGAUGGUCUGAGAAAGAAUCCCUCCAUUGCUGUUCCAAUUGUCCUUAAAAGGUUGAAGAUGAAAGAGGAAGAAUGGCGAGAAGCUCAGAGAGGCUUUAACAAAGUAUGGCGAGAACAAAAUGAGAAAUACUACCUGAAGUCUCUGGACCACCAGGGGAUCAACUUUAAACAGAAUGACACCAAGGUCCUGAGGUCUAAGAGCUUACUCAAUGAGAUUGAGAGUAUCUAUGAUGAGAGGCAAGAGCAGGCUACGGAAGAGAAUGCUGGUGUACCUGUUGGCCCACACCUCUCACUUGCGUAUGAAGACAAACAAAUACUGGAAGAUGCUGCUGCUCUGAUUAUCCACCAUGUGAAGAGGCAGACAGGCAUUCAGAAGGAGGACAAAUAUAAGAUAAAACAAAUCAUGCAUCAUUUUAUUCCAGAUUUGCUCUUUGCCCAAAGAGGUGAUCUCUCAGAUGUGGAGGAAGAGGAAGAAGAAGAGAUGGAUGUAGAUGAAGCCACAGGGGCAGUUAAGAAGCACAAUGGUGUUGGGGGCAGUCCCCCUAAGUCCAAGUUACUGUUUAGUAACACAGCAGCUCAAAAAUUAAGAGGAAUGGAUGAAGUAUACAACCUCUUCUAUGUCAAUAACAACUGGUAUAUUUUUAUGCGACUGCACCAGAUUCUCUGCCUGAGGCUGCUACGGAUUUGUUCCCAAGCUGAACGGCAAAUUGAAGAAGAAAACCGAGAGAGAGAGUGGGAACGGGAAGUGCUGGGCAUAAAGCGAGACAAGAGUGACAGCCCUGCCAUUCAGCUACGUCUCAAAGAACCUAUGGAUGUUGAUGUAGAAGAUUAUUACCCAGCUUUCCUGGACAUGGUGCGGAGCCUGCUGGAUGGCAACAUAGACUCAUCACAGUAUGAAGAUUCACUGAGAGAGAUGUUCACCAUUCAUGCCUACAUUGCCUUUACCAUGGACAAACUGAUCCAGAGCAUUGUCAGACAGCUGCAGCAUAUCGUGAGUGAUGAGAUCUGUGUGCAGGUGACUGACCUUUACCUGGCAGAAAAUAAUAAUGGGGCCACUGGAGGCCAGCUGAACACACAGAACUCAAGGAGCCUCCUGGAGUCAACGUAUCAGCGGAAAGCUGAGCAGCUAAUGUCAGAUGAGAAUUGCUUUAAGCUUAUGUUUAUUCAGAGCCAAGGCCAGGUCCAGCUGACUAUUGAGCUUCUGGACACAGAAGAGGAGAAUUCGGAUGACCCUGUGGAAGCAGAGCGCUGGUCAGACUACGUGGAGCGAUACAUGAAUUCAGAUACUACCUCGCCUGAGCUUCGUGAACAUCUAGCACAGAAACCAGUAUUUCUCCCCAGGAAUCUACGGCGGAUCCGGAAGUGUCAGCGUGGUCGAGAGCAGCAGGAAAAGGAAGGGAAGGAAGGAAACAGUAAGAAGACCAUGGAGAAUGUGGAUAGUCUGGAUAAGCUGGAGUGUAGAUUCAAGCUGAAUUCCUACAAGAUGGUGUAUGUGAUCAAAUCAGAGGACUAUAUGUAUCGGAGGACUGCCCUGCUCCGGGCUCAUCAGUCCCAUGAGCGUGUAAGCAAGCGUCUACAUCAGAGAUUCCAGGCCUGGGUAGAUAAAUGGACCAAGGAGCAUGUGCCCCGUGAAAUGGCAGCAGAGACCAGCAAGUGGCUCAUGGGUGAGGGGCUGGAGGGCCUGGUGCCCUGUACCACCACCUGUGAUACAGAGACCCUGCAUUUUGUGAGCAUUAACAAGUAUCGUGUCAAAUACGGCACAGUAUUCAAAGCCCCUUAACUGCAAAGCCAGAGCAGAUAACUUGGGGUGUGUGUGGGGGUGUGUGUAUGGGCCUAUGCACUCACACACUGAAGAAACAAGGAAGAUGCCUUUCAAGCCUCACUGGGCCUCUCUGGGACAUGGCCACCUGACCUGUGUGUGGCUGGUACAGCCUGGCACCAAGUGGGCUACCUGUUAGGAACAUGAAUACCUUACAAAGCUGAAGCUGGAACUUUUCCCAAAGGGUUUUGGGUAUAGCCUGCCCUGGAGGGGAAGGAAGUCCAUGCAAGCAAAGACAUGCAGUUUGCUUGCACACACCAGCAGAGCUAAGACUGGAGUCUCCUGUGGCCUAACUUUCAAUGAGGGAACCGGAUGCUGUUCACACUUUGACUGGAUGGAGAUGCAUUUACAAAACAGACUGGGGAAGGACUUAAUACUCAGAUGGAUUGGAACUAUCAUGGUCACUGCUCCUCUCCCCUCCCCACAAAAGGAAAAAAAAAACUGGAUUUGAUUUUUUUUUUCUGGUCACUUGAGCACAUCUAAGAUCACCCAUUAGGUUUUAUCUGGGACCUGCAGUUUGGCUUUGGGAUUGAUCAUCUUGUGGAUUUUAUUCCUGACGAUUCCCUUGCUGCCUACCCUUUUCUCUCCUCUGGUUCUCAACCUCAACGAGUUCAAAUCAGUCGUCCUUUUUAGCUCCCGUGGAACUGUUUUGUAUCUGCCUCUUUACUAGUCUACCCUAGUGCCAUCCACCAGCUUUACUCUCUGACACACACGCACACACACAAUUUUAACUUGUUUUUUUUGUACAUAAUGUACAUACUGUCAAUUUUUUAUUAAAAGAAAUAUGCUUUGAUGUGCUAGCAUAACUGCUCUAGCUUCUUGUGUACCAUAGUACUAUGUGGCUUCAGAUUUAGUACCUAUGAACAGAUGUACAAGACAUUUAUUACACUUUUUACCAAAGGGAGUUACCAUUGUAGUACUUUUGUGUAAAACUUGUCUUCCCCUUUGCCCCCAACUUUUUUUUUUUUUUUUUUUUUUGUAAAUAAAUAAAGCUUGGUUCUUACUUAAGGAAUAAA